AUGUCGUACGACGACCGCGCCAAUGCGCGCCCCAACUUGAAUGAUGAGUCCGAUGUUGAGGAGGAGGCUAUGGUCAACGACUACCGUGAGCAGGUCAACUUCGACGACAGCAUGAGCGAGCUCGACCGGACGACAUCCCUCGGUGGCUCUCAAGCCCAGGACCUUCAGGCACAGCUCACCGCCGCUGCUACCCCGCUGGAAUACCAAGCGACUUUGGAGACCAAGUUCGCCAGCUACGACAACUACUGCAGUCUCUUCCACUACAUCCUGAACUCGGAAGGCCCCGUGGAUCUGGAGGUUCCCUCGUACUACUGGGCUUGGGAAGUCAUUGACGAGUUCAUCUACCAAUUCGAGUCCUUCUGCCGCUACCGCAACCGUGUGGCUCGCGGCGGGUCCAACGAGGAGGAGGCUCAGCUUCUCCGCGAGAACCCCAACACCUGGGGCUGCUACUCCGUGCUGAACGUUCUGUACUCGCUCAUCCAGCGAUCGCAGAUCAAUGAGCAGCUGGCCGCCAUCAAGCGGGGCGAGGACCCCGUCGCCUUCGCCGGUGAGUACGGCUCGCGCCCGCUGUACAAGAUGCUCGGAUACUUCUCGAUCAUCGGCCUGCUGCGUGUGCACUGCCUGCUCGGUGACUUCAGCUUGGCCCUGAAGACCCUCGACGACAUCGAGAUGAACAAGAAGGCCAUGUUCGCCCGCGUGAUGGCCGCCCACUUCACCACCUACUACUACGUGGGCUUCUCCUACAUGAUGAUGCGCCGCUAUGGCGAUGCCAUCCGCAUGUUCAGCCACAUUCUGGUGUACGUCUCCCGGACGAAGAACUUCCAGAAGGGCGGCAACAACUACGACACUAUUGCCAAGAAGAAUGAUCAGAUGUACGCCCUGAUCGCCAUCUGUGUCGCUCUCCACCCCACUCGUCUGGAUGACACCAUCCACUCGGCCGUCCGUGAGAAGUACGGUGAGCAGUUCCUGCGCAUGCAGCAGGGUGGCCCCGAGGCUCUCCCCGUCUUCGAGGAGCUGUUCCGCUCCGCCUGCCCCAAGUUCAUCUCCCCCACUCCUCCCGACUUCGAGAACCCGGCCUCCAACGUCGACCCCAUCGACCACCACACCGCCAUCUUCAUGGACGAGGUUAAGAACACCCUGUUCAACCCCACCAUCCGCUCCUACCUGAAGCUCUACACCACCAUGGACCUCAAGAAGCUCGCCGGCUUCCUCGAGGUUGAGCCCGAGAAGCUCCGCGGCUGGUUGCUCGUCAACAAGCAGCGUAGCCGCCAGAUCCGCUGGGUCGAGGGUGCUCUGCUUGAGGGCGAGCCCGCCAUUGCCAACGACCUCGACUACGCUCUGGAGAACGAUUUGAUCCACGUCAGCGAGACCAAGGCCGGCCGCCGUCUAGUGGACUGGUACCUGCGCAACCUUGCCCGAGUUUACUAA